AUGACCCAGGGGCUCGUCACCAAGCUGCUGGUGGCCAACCGCGGCGAAAUCAGCUGCCGCGCGCAGCGGGCAUGCAAGAAGCUGGGCAUGCCGUGCGUGGCCGUGUUUACUGACCCGGAUGCCCUGUCCCUGCACGUGCUACAAGCCGCGGAGAGCGUGUCCCUGGGGGCCUCCCCCAAGGAGUACCUGAACGCCACCAAGCUGAUUGAGGUGGCCAAGAGCACAGGCUGCGACGCCGUCUUCCCUGGCUACGGCUUCCUGUCUGAAAACACCGAGUUUGCGGCCAUGUGCGAGGACAACGGUAUCGCCUUCAUCGGACCCACCGCAGACACGAUGCGCAUGUUUGCGCAGAAGCACACCGCCCGCGAGCUGGCGGAGCGAGCCGAGGUGCCGAUCCUGGCGGGCAGCCCGCUGCUGUCCAGCGGCGAGGAGGCGCUGGAGUAUGCCAAGAAAGUGGGCCUCCCUGUGCUGCUCAAGGCCACAGGCGGCGGCGGCGGCAUCGGCAUCCACAUCUGCCGCAGCGAGGACGAGGUGGUGAACAACUACGCCUCGGCCUCGCGCCAGGGCGCGGCCGCCUUUGGCGACGCGGGCGUGUUUGUGGAGAAGUACGUGCAGCGGGCGCGGCACAUCGAGGUCCAAAUCUUUGGGGACGGCAAGGGCGCCAUCGUGGCGUUCCCCGAGCGCGAGUGCUCCAUCCAGCGACGUCACCAGAAGGUUCUCGAAGAGACGCCCUCCCCCUUUGUCACUCCAGAGCUGCGGGCCGCGCUGCAGGGCGCCGCCGUGCGCCUGGGCCAGCUGGCCAAGUACCGGUCUGCCGGCACCGUGGAGUUCAUUGUGGAUGAUGAGACAGGAGAGUUUUACUUCCUGGAGGUCAACACGCGCCUGCAGGUGGAGCACGGCAUCACCGAGAUGAUUACGGGCGUGGACCUGGUGGCCUGGCAGCUGGAGCAACAGGGCGCCAAGGGCACCGACCUCCCCGCUGACCUGGCAUCCUUCACGCCCCAGAUCAACGGCGCCGCCAUCGAGGUGCGCAUCUGCGCGGAGGAUCCCGCCCACAACUACCGCCCCUGCACCGGCAUGCUGGGCCUGGUGGCCUGGCCCACCAGCGUGGCGACCCGCAUCGACACUUGGGUGGAGACGGGCGUGGAGGUGUCGGCCUACUACGAUUCCCUGCUGGCAAAGCUGAUGGUGCACAGCCCCGAGGGCCGCCCCCCCGCCAUCACCAAAAUUUGCGCGGCGCUGGAGGAGACGCAACUCAAGGGAGUGACCACCAACCUGGAGUUCCUGCGCGUCAUCGCUGCCUCCCCCGCCUACGCCGCCGGCGACACCACCACCAAGUUUGUGGAGGGGAUCGACUACUCGCCGCACGCGGUGGAGUUUCUGGAGGCGGGGCUGCAGACCACGGUGCAGGACUACCCCGGCCGUGUGGCGCUGUGGUCGGUGGGGGUGCCGCCCUCGGGUCCCAUGGAUGACCUGUCGCACCGGUUGGCCAACGCUCUGGUGGGCAACGACGAUCACGCGGCGGCGCUGGAGGUGACCCUCACGGGCCCCUCCAUCAAGUUCCUGGCAGACACAGUGGUGGCGGUGUGCGGCGCCGAGGCCCCCGUCACGCUGGACGGCGCGGCGGUGCUCAUGUGGCAGAGCUUUGGGGUGAAGCGGGGGCAGGUGGUGAAGGUCGGCGCCACGACAGGUGGCUCCCGUGCCUACAUCGCCAUUGCCGGCGGCCUGGAUGUGCCAGAGUAUCUGGGAUCCAAGUCCACCUUCCCGGGAGGCGUGAUGGGAGGCCACCAGGGCCGCCCGCUGCGCCCAGGGGACAUGGUACCGCUCGGCGCCACAGACCUCAGCAAGCUGGUUCUGGGUGCCACGGUGCCGCCCGCCUGGCGCCCUCAGUUCUGCAGUGGCAUCAGCGACUGGACAGUGGGCGUGCUGCCAGGCCCCCAGGCCGACCCCGAUUACUUCACUCCCGAGGACAUCCAGACCCUCUACUCCACACCCUACAAGAUCCACCACAACUCCAACCGGCUGGGCAUCCGCAUGGAGGGCCCCCGUCCCAAGUUUGCCCGCCUGGAUGGCGGCGAGGGAGGCAGCCACCCGUCCAAUGUGCACGACCAUGUGUAUGCCCUGGGCACCAUCAACUUCACCGGCGACAUGCCAAUCGUGCUGAUGGUGGACGGCCCCUCCCUGGGCGGCUUUGUGUGCCCCGCCACCAUCACCACCACCGAGCUCUGGAAGAUGGGGCAGGUGCGGCCCGGGGACGCCGUGUGCUUCAAGAAGCUGAGCAUCCAGGAGGCGUACGAGCGGCGCUUCAGGGUGGACCGCCAGGUGGCGCUGGUGUGCCAGGUGGCACGUGGCGCGCUCAGCGCGGCCGCCGCAGACGCCGACUUUGCCGCGUACAAGGUGGACAUGCCCGAGUCGCCGCCCACCGAGGCGGUGCUGCGGGUGAUCCCCGCGGGCGGCGCGCACCCGGGGGCCCAGGUGCGGCUUGCGGGCGACCGCUACAUCUUUCUGGAGUAUGGGCCCAUGGAGCUGGACAUUGCGCUGCGCGUCAGGGUGCACGAGAUUGAGCAGUACCUGGCGGACAAGAGCAUCGACGGCCUGAUCGAGACCAGCCCCGGCGUGCGCAGCGUGAUGAUCGAAUACGACCAGCGACGCCUGCCGCUGGCCAAGCUGCUGCAGGCACGCCGCUGCUGUUUCGGCCCCUGGACUAUCGAGGAGGCGGAAGCCACCAUGAAGCCGGCAGACGAUGUGUCGCUGCCGUACCGCGUGCUGCACCUGCCGCUGGCAUUCAACGAGAAGUACAUGCGCAGCAUCCGCAGCGAGGCGCCGUACCUUCCAUCCAACGUCGAGUUUAUAGCCGCAAACAACGGCCUGGAGGGUGACCCGAUUGAGGCGGUGCACAAGGUGCUGUUUGAGGCAUCCUACAUGGUACUGGGCCUGGGAGACGUGUACCUGGGGGCGCCCUGUGCGGUACCGGUGGACCCCCGCCACCGCCUGGUGGUCCCCAAGUACAACCCGGCCCGCACCUACACGCCCGAGGGCGGGGUAGGCAUCGGCGGCACCUACAUGUGCAUCUAUCCCAUGGCCUCCCCCGGCGGCUACCAGCUGGUAGGGCGCACCCUGCCCAUCUGGAACCCCUUCACCCGCACCGGCCCCUUCCAGCCCGGCAAGCCCUGGCUGCUGCGCAACUUUGACCAGGCAAGCUCUCCCGCCCCUCCUGCUCCUGCUGUGCGCUACUACGAGGUGAGCGAGGACGAGCUGGAGCGGCUGCGCACCGACUUUGCCAACGGCCGCCUGGACAUCAAAAUUGAGCAGGCGACCUUCAAUGUGCACGAGUACAACGAGUUCAUGAAGGGCGUGGCGGGCGAGUACGAGGAGCUCCGCCAGCGGCAGCGUGUGGCCAUGGCUGAGCAGAUGGCACUGGAUGCGGAGAUGCUGAAGAAGCUGGAUGCACGGCAGGCGUCGGGCAUGCACCAUGCGCCCUCGGUUGCGGUGCGGCUUGCCCUGGGCGAGCAUGAUGAGCACCCUUACGAGGGGCAGGACGGUACGCAGGUCACAGCCGCCGUCACAGGCACUGUGUGGGAGAUCAAGGCUGAGAUUGGGCAGGCGGUCAAGGCGGGAGACACGCUGAUCGUGCUGGAGGCGAUGAAGAUGGAGUAUGCCGUGACAGCCCCAUGCGACGGCACCCUGAAGCACAUCUGCGUGCAGCAGGCCGACAUGGUGCAGCAGGGCAGCCCGCUGUGCCUGGUGGUGUGA